GGACCUUAGGUGGGAUUUUAUUGUGAUAGUCGGAGUGAGUCACGUUUUUGGAGCCGUUGCCGGGGAACUUCGGUCCGUUAUCUUGAAAAGAUUGUUUGGUGUUAAUCUAGCAUUUAUUUUCAGUUUUGCUAAUUGUGAAGUGUGCUUGUGCUAGACGUGUUGUGUUCUUUAAGUGUGUGCAGGGAGGUGCAUGACCCGAAGCAAUCCGGCGACUUUAACACCACUGGAUGAGGACAUUAACCAGACUCUCUGACUUUUAGCUCGAGAGAGGGAGCUAGCGGAGGCAAGAAGGAGAAAUGAAGAAAGGGGACAACAAGUUGGUCCCAUAUUUGAAGGAAUUGAAGGAGAAGUUGAAGUUGAGAUGGCGGGGAAUCAACAUUGAGGUGCUAAUCCGCUUCAAAAUCAAAAAGAGGAAGCGGGAGCCAAGGACUAUGGGCUAUUACAUGGCUCCACUGACGGCGGAUAUCCAAUCUCCCAUCUUACUUCCACCCGCGGUCGCCAACAACUUUGAAAUCAAACGCGCUCUUGUGACGAUGAUUCAAAACAAUGCCUUAUUCCACGUGCUUGCCAGUGCAUCACCGCGAGAGCAUGUUCAAAGGUUUCUUGAGCUUGCGGGAAGCCUGAAGGUUCUUGUCAACACUGACCAUUCCGCCAUUUGCUUCUUGACGAACAAGGCCGAUGCCAAGCCCCCCCCCCCCCCCCCCAAUAUGAUGGAUCCUACUUCUCCAAGAGUUUGAUGUGGAGAUCAAAGACAAAAAAAAAGGAGCCAAAAAUCUAGCGGCGGACCGCCUCUCGCGAAUCGAAGGACCAACAGGGAGUACCCCCAAAGAGAGAUAAAUGACACUUUCCCCGAUGGCGGUUGUUCGUGCUUGCAACUGUUGAGAGUGCCGCCACUUGUUUUGCCGACUUUGCUAAUUACUUGGUUGGAAGGUAAUUUCCCAAGGGGAUGAAUACUAAUGGGAAAAGAAAGUUCUUCUCCGAUCUCUGCAAGGAAGGUGCUUCAAUCGGGAUUCUAUUGGUCGUCCCUAUUUCGGAAUGCCUACACAUUUGUGAGUCAUUGUGACAGCUGCCAAAGGGCAGGUAAUGUGUCUAACUGAAAUGAGAUGCCCCAAACGAUUUCCAUUACAUGUGAUAUUUUUUUAUGUUGGGGCAUCGACUUUAUGGGACCUUUUCCCUUAUCUUUUGGAAACAAGUACAUUCUAGUGGCUGUGGACUACGUCUCGAGGUGGGUCGAGGCUCAAGCUCUCCCCACCAAUGAUGCAAGACGGGUUUGCGGAUUUCUUACAAAACUGUUUUCACGAUUUGAAACCCCGAGGGCCAUCAUCAGUGAUCGACCCACCCAUUUUCAAGGGCAAUUAGACAAACUCCUCGGUCGCUAUGGUGUUACCUACCGGGUGUCAAUGACCUAUCAUCCCCAAACAAGUGGACAAGUAGAUUGUCAAAUAGGGAACUGAAAAGGAUACUGGAAAAGACCGUGGACCAAUCCCGCAAGGAUUGGUCCGCAAAACUCGAUGAUGCUCUAUGGGUGUACCGCACAGCCUACAAAACCCCAAUAGGCGUCUCGCCUUACCAAUUGGUGUACGACAAGGCGUGUCAUUUUCCCGUAGAGCUAGAGCAUAGGGAUUUCUGGGCCACCAAGCUUUUGAACUUGAGGAGUGGCGCCUCCAGGCCUAUGAGAAUACCAAGAUUUACAAGGAAAAGACGAAGCGCUUGCAUGAUGCUCGACUGAAAGGAGUGAAGGAUUUUCAAUUGGGAGAUCAGGUACUCUUGUACAACUCCCGGUUAAGAUUAUUCCCCGGAAAGUUAAGGUCGAAAUGGUCGGGCCCGUAUGUGGUAAUGAAAGUGUUCCCAUACGGGGUGGUUGAGAUCUCCCACCCAGAGCAAGGAACUUUCAAAGUGAAUGGAAACCGCCUCAAACGUUACCUUGGAGGAGAGGUAAUUCCCCAAAAGGAGGUGGUGUUCCUACAAGAUGCCUAGUCCAAAGUCUACGUCUAGCUUAAGACUUUAAACUGGCGCUUGUUGGGAGGCAACCCAAUGGAGGUUAGCAAGUUUCUCUUGUUCUACUAUCGUAUUGUUAUAUGUAAUAACCUCGCCUCGAGCGAGAAUGUGUUGUGUUUGUGUGUGUAUUUUUGUCUUCUCCUUGAAGCUCAAAUCUCCUACCCCGGAAAAAAUUCCAACUUUCACUCACCAAGCUAUGCCGUAACAUCGUUCUACCCCUAUCUUACGCCAUUGAGCCAAUGUCGAACUUAAGUGCUUAAGUGUGUGUGUGUGUGUGGGGGGGGGGGGGGAGUAUUUUAUUAUUAUGCUUGUGUGAGUGUGAGUGAUGCUUGGAGCCUUGAUGUAUGCCCAAAUUUGAAAUUUUUGAGGGCUCCAAGCAAUGCUUGCAUGAUCAAAGUGGCCGGUUUGUAGGAGAAUCUUGUGUUUAUUGGCAUUGACCUUGAAUUGUUGCAUGUGAUCGAGCAUGUCCUAUGAUGAUAACUGAGAGGUGCAUUAGGAUAGUGCAAAGGUUUAGUUCUCAUGUGUGCAAAAAUGAAUAGAUGUCUUGACU